AUGGCCCACACCAAGCCGAGGGAUUCUUCAGUUCCCAAUACCACGCACCCGCAAGGCGAGACCAGUGGCCCAGAAACCAAGGACUCGACCCAGGAGUCUGAGGAACGACCAGCCCCUAUUGAAAGGCGUGGUUCGUCGUUUAUGAACUUCGUCGCGUCAAUCCUAGGCUCCAAAAGUCCGAUCGCGCACCCGGCGGACCCACACACCAACACUGUUUGGCUGCUGGACAACACCGCAUACCAGCCUGUACAGGAGCCCGGAGAAACAGACAAGCCUGACCUGCCAACACCGUGGUAUGCUGAGUUUGUAGCCUGCACCUUCGAUACAGAAGGCCGAAAAGAUGUGGGGAAGCUAGUCGCCUCGAUAGCAGACCACGUCGGACUGGACGGUGAAACAGGCAUCCGCGACGAAGAAGCGCACCAGCGAAUCGUGAAACGUAUCCAGCCGUUCCUCGAUACUGUUUGUCCCAAUAGAACCGUUACGCUUCAGCUUGACAUAGCCGGUACAGAACAGUCCCACGAAAUGGGCCCCUCCGAUCGGAAUGGGAUAAUAAGUCAAACCAUCGAGCUCGGCGCACCGAACAUCCCCGAUGGUACAGUAAUCCGGCCACGCCUGGCGAAUUUCGGAAAUAGCAUGGCGGCUAUGGAAACGCAUUUCGCUGCGCCGGAAGGCUGGCUGAUUGUCUCUGAUAUCGACGACACCAUAAAACGUACCAUGACCGUCGAUCCAACUGGUAUUAUUCGAACAACCUUCACCGAAGAACCAGUCCCCAUCACCGACAUGCCGGAGUUCUACCGUCAUGUCCACGAGGAGCUAAAUCCCACUUGGUUCUACCUCUCUGCCUCACCGUAUAACCUCUACCCGUUCCUGCGCAGCUUCAUCCACGAGUACUACAUUCCGGGUACGAUUUUGCUGCGCGAGUACUCUUUCCUAGAUAUCAGUGGCUUGAUUAAGUCAUUGACGGAGAGGACACAGGAGUACAAGACCGUUCAAAUGGAGAAGAUUCAUCACUGGUUUCCGGCGCGGAGGGUUCUGUGUAUUGGAGAUUCGACGCAGAGUGAUCCUGAGGCGUAUGGGGAGAUUUAUCGGAGGUAUCCGACCUGGGUUCAUGCUAUUGCCAUCAGGAAGGUUACAGGCGUGGGGCACAUGGAAGAGAAGAACAAGAACGAGAGGUUUGAAGCGGCGUUCAAGGACGUUCCGGCUUCUAUUUGGACUGUUUUUGAGGACCCUUCUGAGCUUUAUGGAUUUGUCGAUGGCUUGGGGAUGGAGGAUCUGGUGUUAUAG